AUGUCCAUUGAAACUGUGAAGGAAACGCUUAAUCAAGCGGGAGGCGCGACUGGAUUUAGUCCAAUAAUAACUGCGCUUAUUGGUACAGCGGUUGUGAUCGCACUUUAUGAAUACUGGCAUCGCAAUACACGUGAAUACAAGAUGACCAAGAAUAUACCAACUCCACCAGAAUUGCCUCUCGUUGGCAAUGCUCACUUGGUAUAUGGCUUGUCUAAUGCGGAGAUUAUGAAGCGUGGUAUUGUCUAUAUCAAUAAAUACGGUGAAACUUUAAGAGCUUGGUUGGGUAAUGUUUUGCUUAUUCUCCUAACCAAUCCUGCCGAUAUUGAAAUCAUACUCAGUACAAAUAAUCAUUUAACAAAAGCCGAAGAAUAUCGUUACUUUAAACCUUGGUUCGGAGAUGGUCUUUUGAUCAGCAAAGGUGACCAUUGGCGUCAUCAUCGCAAAAUGAUUGCUCCAACCUUCCAUCAAAGUAUCCUAAAGAGCUUUGUACCUACAUUUGUGCAACACUCACAGGCUGUGGUGGAUCGUAUGCGUAAAGAAGUUGGAAAAUCUUUUGAUGUGCAUGAUUAUAUGUCCCAAACUACUGUGGAGAUUUUGUUGACUACAGCUAUGGGUGUGAAAAAAAUACCAGAAGGCAAUAAGAGUUUCGAAUACGCACAAGCCGUUGUGGAUAUGUGCGACAUUAUACACAAACGUCAAGUCAAAUUGUUCUAUCGUUUAGAUGCGAUUUAUAAUUUCACCAAAUUGCGUGAGAAAGGUGAUAAGAUGAUGAAUAUCAUUUUAGGAAUGACUAAACGUGUUGUUAGUGACCGUAAGCAGAACUUUAGUGCCGAAAAUCGCGCAAUUAUUGAAGAAGUUGAUGAGGUAUCUAAGCAAAAGGCACUCAACAAAAACGAAGGACUUCGUGACGAUUUGGAUGACAUCGAUGAAAAUGACGUUGGUGCCAAACGUCGUUUGGCUUUGUUAGAUGCCAUGGUUGAAAUGGCAAAGAAUCCUGAAAUUGAAUGGAACGAAAAGGAUAUUAUGGAUGAAGUAAACACUAUUAUGUUCGAAGGUCAUGAUACUACCUCCGCUGGAUCUAGUUUUGCACUCUGUAUGCUCGGCAUACACAAGGACAUACAAGAGAAAGUCUAUGCAGAACAGAAGGCUAUUUUUGGUGAUAACAUGCUACGCGAUUGCACGUUUGCUGACACAAUGGAAAUGAAAUACUUAGAACGUGUUAUAAUGGAAACUUUGCGUAUGUAUCCACCAGUACCAUUAAUUGCCAGACGUCUGGACACUGACAUUAAAUUAGCAUCUGGUCCAUAUACUGUACCGAAGGGCACUACAGUGAUUGUGUUGCAAUACUGGGUGCAUCGUCGUGCUGAUAUCUAUCCAAACCCAGAUAAAUUCGACCCUGACAAUUUCUUACCUGAACGUGCUGCUAAUCGACAUUACUACAGCUUCAUACCAUUCAGCGCUGGUCCCAGAAGUUGUGUAGGUCGUAAAUACGCCAUGUUGAAGCUAAAGGUGUUGCUAUCCACUAUUAUCCGUAACUAUAAAAUACACUCGAACGAGAAGGAGUCAGACUUCAAGCUACAGGCUGAUAUUAUUUUGAAGUUGGAAAACGGUUUCAAUAUCAUUUUGGAACCACGCACACACGCCGUCGCUUAAGUGUGUCAGCGAUUAAUCAGAUUGAAUCUAAGAACCCUGUUUUAAGAAUGUUUAGCUUGUAGUUUAAUGCAUAGUAAUUAUCUUGAAAAACCGCUUGUAUAUAUCCUUUUAGAUUGCUUUCGCCUAAUAUGAUAAAGUAAACGGCUUUGUUCUAAUAGAAAAUAGUUUUGCUUGAUGGAAUUAAUUGCGCUUUGCUGUGUCCAAAAUUUUUAUUAAAUCAUCGCAUAUAAAAAUUUAUAGGAAAGUUUAAUACACAUACAUAUAUAUCUAUUUUUUGGGGUUUAAAAUUAUUUUGGAAAUGAUACAACUUAUCAAUAAAAAGCAUACAGUCAACAACUGCAAAA